AGCUCGGAGACUCGCGGAAUGGAUUCGGCGGUUGCUAGUGACGAUAGCGCCAAGGAGAGGAUUCGGGCGGGUUGUGUAUUCUGCACGAUUGCCAAGGAUCCGGCCACGGAGAUCGUGUUCCAAAAUGAGCGUAUUUGCAUAUUCAACGACAUUCGACCGUCAUCCGAUUUCCAUUUCCUGGCGGUGCCGAAACAUCACGUUGAAAAUGUGAGCUCACUGUCCGCAGCUGAUAAGCCUUUAUUGGAAGAGCUGAAGCGUGAGCUUGUUCGCGUUCUGGAAGAAAAACAGAUCCACCAGAGGGAGGCAUCUUUCGGUUUCCACAUUCCACCAUUCACUAGCAUUAAACAUCUUCAUAUGCAUGCGAUAGCUCCGGUCGCGAAGAUGGGUUUUAUUUCAAGAAUGAUUUUUCGACCCAACACAAUGUGGUUCAAAACGGAUGAAACUGUGUUACAAUCACUGGCGAAUAAUUAGCACUGAAAAGCGGACCCCAUUGUUUGAAACAAUUCCCAAAACACGAAUAAAUCGCUAACCACAUUGAAGCUGAAUCAAUUAACUGUAAUGCCACAAUACCAAUGUGCUAGCUUGCACAAUACUGUGUAGCGUUUUUGCUACCUUUUUAAACAGAUGGUCUGUUUUGGUCAACUUUGUCGUUUCCGAGAGCCUUGUCCAUAGAGCCAGUAAGCCACAAUGGUAAUGAACACGUUUUUAGA